AUAAAGAAAAUUUUAUUUGCACUUUUAAAUUAUCUUCUUUAAUCAAAUAAAUAGUGCAAUUUCAUCUUGUGCUUUACCGUCGUGUAUUAAGAACUUUCAUUAUUCCUGAGUUUUCAAAUGGAAAAAAAGUGAACUAGCGAAACAUAAAACUGUCAAAUUGCAUGCCAUGUGAAUGAGGUAAUUCGCGUUCAUAAUUGAAGGGAGGAAUAACGUAAUUCACGAUGUCGUGGAAAAGCCAUAUAAGAGAAAAAAAGUCGAGUAAUAAGUACUCGUAGUCGUAGCAAAAUUAUCGCUUGAUUUCAAUUUGUAUUAAAGGAUUUUUGAUUGAUUUUCGCGUGUACAAAAAGCAAAUAUUUUAUUACGAGAAAAAAAAAAAAAAAAAAAAACAUAAAUAACUUAAAAUUUGUGUGCAAAUGGCAUUGCAAACUUAUGGAGACAAGCCUGUGGCUUUUCAAUUGGAAGAAGGAGGCGAGUACUAUUAUGUGGGGUCGGAAGUAGGAAAUUAUAUGCGUUUAUUCCGUGGCAUUCUAUAUAAAAAAUAUCCUGGAAUGACACGUUUGGUACUAUCCAAUGAGGAAAGGAAAAGACUUGCUGAUUCUGGACUUAGCUCCCACAUAUUAGCCAGUUCAGUUUCACUGCUGCGCGCUGUUGAAGUUGAUGAUAUUAUUGCCGGCAAUGAUGAAAAGUAUCGGGCUAUAUCGGUAAAUACAUCGGAAACCCCUUUACCACGCGAAAAUAAAUCGAAAAAACAGCCACAAUAUGUGCCCACUAUGCCGAAUUCCAGUCAUUUGGAUGCUGUACCGCAAGCUACACCAAUAAACCGUAAUAGAGUUCAUACCAAAAAAGUGCGAACAUUCCCUAUGUGUUUUGAUGAUACCGAUCCAACUGCUAACAUUGAAAACGCAGCACAAAAAGAAUGCUUGGUACCUAUUCGCCUAGAUAUGGAAUUAGAAGGUCAAAAGUUACGUGAUACAUUCACUUGGAAUAAAAAUGAAAGUAUGAUAACACCAGAACAAUUUGCAGAGGUGCUAUGUGAUGAUUUAGAUUUGAAUCCCAUAAAUUUUGUCCCUGCGAUAGCACAAGCCAUUAGACAACAAAUUGAAGCUUUUCCAAAUGAGCCUCCUAUACUUGAAGAGAGCUGUGAUCAGCGUGUUAUUGUUAAACUCAAUAUUCACGUUGGCAAUACCUCGCUGGUUGAUCAAGUUGAGUGGGACAUGUCUGAAAAGAAUAACAAUCCGGAAGAAUUUGCUAUAAAACUGUGUGCAGAGUUGGGUUUGGGUGGAGAGUUUGUAACAGCGAUUGCCUACAGCAUCCGAGGUCAACUUUCUUGGCAUUGUCGUACUUACGCCUUCAGUGAAGCCCCUCUUUCAACCAUAGAUGUUCCCUUUCGAAAUCCCAGUGACGCUGAUGCAUGGGCACCUUUCCUUGAAACAUUGACUGAUGCCGAAAUGGAGAAGAAAAUAAGAGAUCAAGAUCGUAAUACACGCCGCAUGCGACGUUUGGCCAACACGACAACCGGUUGGUAAAAUAACCGCGAUAUAUGUAUUAUGUAUUUGAAAUAAGCUUUUAUACAAUAGUAAACCCAAUGUAAUCGUAUGGCGAAAAUAUGAGUUCUAUACAGAUUUAAACUCUAUAUACAUACACUUUUCUAAUUUCUUAAUAAAUUUUGAUGCGGAACGAUAA